AUGGGAGAAGUUGUGCGGAUAGUGGCGUUUGUGAUGCCUUUCAUCGGCUGCAACGCCCUCCUGGAUCUGUCUGGUGUCCACCAGGUCAAGGGCACGUGGAUGGAAUCCACCACUUUACCAUGUACCUACACACCCUCAGAAGGUUUCACACAGCAAACGCUCAUCUGGCGUGUGGAGCGAGACUAUAUCACCCGUACCAUCUUCCGGAGGGACGAUUCUGGUGACCACGUCUUGUUGUCUCAGUUCCGAAACCGGGUCAGCGUCCCAAAGCACAGCCCAGGGGAUGUCUCACUCCUAAUUGAGAACCUUGAAAUCACUGACAGUGGACACUACACCUGUCAAGUCAUCUGGAGGUCUAAAAAUAACAGCUUGAUAACAAAGGAGUUGAGCACUACAGUUAAAGUUGUCAAAG